AUGUCCGACCAUAGGAUUCAUAUGCGCCAUGCGCAUCACCAUCUGGAGCGUAGGGGCUGGGACGACGUCAAGUCAUUUUGGAACAAUGUGUUUUCACCCGAUGAAGAAACGACAAAUGCUGUUACUACCAGAGUCGCCCAAACAGUGACCGACGCGGACUUCUGGGCGACAGCUACUGCUCAGGAAACCAUUGCGACCAAGGGGUUUCCUCUUACUGCCAGUGCUGCCCAUGCCACAUCUACACACCACAGCACCGCCCCGGCAACCACUACGUUAAGAGCUCUCACCACCAAGGCGUCAUCAGCAGCAGUCUCAUCAUCGCCUGCGGAACUACUUCCAUCAGAUGUCAUGACGGAUGAAAUCAGUGCAACCGGAACCCUCAAGCUUGAGUCUACCUUGGCGCUUGCGUCGCCGACAUCCAAGACCCUCGAAGCGGCCACAUCAGCAACUGCUGCUCCAACUGCCACGGCGGCAAGCAGCACGCAAGAAGGGACCAGCGGCGCUGCCAAGGCCGGUAUUGCUAUCGGUGUGUUGGCUGGUUUGCUGGCUGUCUUCCUGUUGGUAUGGUUCCUCUUCAACAAGCGGAAGCGCCAGAUGGAAGCAGAGAAGCAACGCCUGGCCGAUGACGAGAAAAUCAACGGUCCCUUUUCCGACAAGAAUGAAGUCAAGACUCCCACCGCCGCUCCGCGCUUGAGCUUGCGACCCGCCAGUCAGUUCAUGCCCAACGGCGUUCCAGAAAGGAGAGCGAGCCGCGCCAACAUGUUGAGCACCACCUCGAACGCACCUGUGUCACCCCUCAACCGCCCCACAGGAGCUAGCGCUUGGGAACGUCCGACUCUCAGCUCGACCCAAGAAGUUGGCGAACGCCCCGGUACCAGCGCAAGCUCCAACCCAUUCGGUGAUAACCAGCGAAUUCCGGAAGAGUCUUCACCAGUCAGCCCGGCUGGUGACUCGCCUGUCUCCCCUAAUUCCGCUGCGGCUGGAGCUCUCGCUGGUGCUGGUGCUGGUGCUGGUGCUGCUGUUGGUGCUGGUGCUGGUGUUGCUGUUGCCGCCAUCUCUGCCGUUGAACGCCCACCGCCCAGCCCUGCUGGAACUGACUAUAGCAUGAACACUGUUGCUCCUGGCCAGUCACCUGGUCCCUCGGCUAGCUCUGCCGCCAUUGCUGCUGCUGGAGGACCAGCGCAGUCAACCGUCCAUCGUGUGCAGCUCGACUUCAAGCCAACGUUGGAGGAUGAGUUGGGUCUUCAAGCUGGCCAACUGGUCCGUCUUCUCCACGAGUACGACGAUGGCUGGGCACUUUGCAUUCGUCUCGAUCGGUCUCAGCAGGGUGUUGUUCCUAGAACUUGCCUGUCCGCACGUCCAGUGAAGCCACGGCCUCCUCAAGGUGGUCCUGGUCCCCGCGGGCCACCAGUUAGACCUAACUAUGGUCCUGGAGGACCUGGAGGACCUGGUUAUGGACCUAUGAGCCCCAAUCAUGGGCCGAAUGGGGGCCCGGGCUAUGGGCCUGGACCUAACUAUGGUCCUAACGGAGGACCUCGUGGCCCCGGUGGACCUCCCCGCGGUCCUCCCCGCGGCCCUCCCCGCGGUCCUCCUUAUGGUGGCCCAGGCCCGCAUGGCGGACGUCCCGGGCCCGGACCCAUCAACACCAAGUUCAUGGAUCCUCGCGGCGCACCACCUCCCGGCUCGUACUCCAGACCUCAGUCCCCCGCUGGGCCAAUGAUGCCUCGUAAUGGACCCAUGAGCCCUAAUGGUGGACAUCCUAUGUCGCCGAUUGGCAAUAACCCCAUGAGCCCGGUGCAAGGUCCCGGCUCGCCCGUCGACCGACAACUAACCCAAGGCUCCCAAAGCCCGGUCACCGCGAGCCGAAGAAUGACGCCUCCCGGACCCAGCCCGAUUGCUCAGGAGUACCGCCCAGAGUCGCGAACCGCACCUCCUGCUCCUGCUCCUCCGCCACCAGUGAGCAACGAGACAGCACCAGGGCAGGCAUAUUAA